AUGAAUCUCUCUAGAUCACAGGGUGAAGUUCGGCGAUACAGAGAGUUUAUUCCGGCAAAUCGCUCGUCGGGAUCAAAAAUCCUGAUAGGAGAGUGUACGUUGUCUAUGAUAUCAAAUUUGACGAAAGCUGCGGACUUAGUAAAGAGUAUCGAAACCAAGAGACUCGAAGAUGAGCAGCGAUUGAAGGGCGUGAGCAAGGCCGGUGAAUCAGAUCCAGCUGCCGAGAAACUUUUUGGCCAGAUUGUUAUGAGCGCAACUGAGAUUAAAACAGCGCUGGAGAAAGUUGAAAAGAGAACUCGGGUCUUGACUGAUGCAAAGAAAGGAGGAGUCGAAAUCUGUGCAAAGACGAAGACGAUGCUUGUGGACCCACUUGGCGAAAUGAUGAAUACACAAUGGCUCCCUCAGACAGAUCUUGCUGAGAAUGCAAUUAAGAAAGACUGGACAAAAUACAGUGAGGUUUGUCAGAGUAUCACCUCUGAUAUGAUAGCGCAUUUGGGGGGGUAUAAACAGCUUGAGAAUAGUAGUGAAUCUACUAGCUCCCCACUUCUUAAGAAGAAUACAGCACAGUGUAAUAUAUUAUAA